AUGAGGUUCGGAUUUCUUCCUUCAAUCUUCACAACUUCAAUACAUAUCUCUACAUGUUUUAGUCCUCCUUGCGAUUCAACUCUCUCUUCUCUCAGGUUCGGAUUUCUUCCUUCAAUCUUCACAACUUCAAUACAUAUCUCUACAUGUUUUAGUCCUCCUUGCGAUUCAACUCUCUCUUCUCUCAGGAAAGCUCGAGUAGCGGACCUAAUACCGAUUUCCAGAAAAUUUAUCGGACUCAUGAUUAGCUAUUUCUUGGCCUUUCGGGCUUCGGUACCGAUGCUCAAACACUGUAUCAAUGGCUUGUCUACCAGCACAAACUAUACCAGCUUCGUGAAGAGAGGGACAUGAAACCUGAGACAUUUGCUAGCCUUGUCUCAGCACGUCUUCAUGAGAAAAGGUUGGACAUCGAUUAAACUUCUAGUUAUCUCUUUUUCAGCAGUUUUAAUCACGCAUACUCUUUAUUUUUCGCCAUAGACUGAAGAACACGGUUGGGAAUGAGAUUUAUUUAGGAUUUGUACGAGCUUCAUUUGUGUGUAUAUGUUGAUUCUUCUACCAAUGUGAUCCUCAUGUUGGUGUAAUAUUUUAAGCUGACUUGAUAGACAUGUUGUCUUACACUAAGGUGUUGAGGAUUGUUGGGAAUGA